GUCCCCUCCCACCUCAUGUGGGACGUAACGGAGCUCCGGAGCCCCCCCGGGACUUCCAGCAGGCAGCCAGCCGAGGACGACGCCACUCACCGCCGCCUCCAGGACUUCCACAAGGUGGAGACAGCGGCAGAUGCUGGAAAAGACGUGUAAAGACUCCUGCGUGCUGCUGUUGCGCAGCAUCCUGCUUCCCAAACUUGGACUGUUGCCUCCUCCCCAGCAUCUCUCCUGCGCGCAGCUACUUUUAUUUCAUUCCAAUUUUAUUCGAACUUUUCCCCAGUGGAUAUAUUGGUGGAAGUACCUUCUUCAAUGCGUUAUGCGCUUCAACUGGUUUGACGCUGAUAAUGAUGCUGAAGAUGGUCCAGAUGCUCCCCUUCAAGCCGUCUGUGGUGUUUGAAACACUCCGAGGAGCCAAAUAGGAUUGUAUCAAAACCAUGCGGAGUCAUUGGUAAGGGGAUUUUUUUCAGGAGAAGACCAGCCCGCUGCUCGAGGAUGGCAGGAGGGAACCGGGAGCUGACGGUCACCUCCUCCCCGGCGGUAGCAGCCAAUGCCGAGGGAGAAGAGAUUGAAGUGUUGGAGAGCACCGAUGUUCUUCCCGUGGCUCCGGAGGACCUUUGGAAGGCUCUGUUUGAUAAGUAUGACCCAGAGAAUUCGGGCUUCAUCAGUACCGAGCGCUUCAGAGACCUAUUGGCAACUCAUGGCUCCGAGAUCGACCCCCACAAACUUGAAGUCCUCUUGGCCCUCGCCGAUGGUAACUCGGAUGGGAAGAUCUGUUACCAGGACUUUGUCAACCUGAUGAGCAACAAGCGCUCCAACAGUUUUCGAAGGGCCAUUCUGCAGGGGAGCCGGCAAAUUAAAGGCAGCAGUCUCCGAGACGAAGUGGGUUUGGGUCUUUCUCAGCGCCUGGUCCGACACGUGGCUUACGAGACGCUGCCCCGUGAAGUUGAUCGCAAGUGGUAUUUUGACAGCUACAACUACUGGCCCCCACCCUGGCUAAUCCUGACCAUCACCGUUGUUGAGGUAGUUGUGUUCUUAUAUUAUGGAUGUCAUCUGGACCGUCUAGUUCUGCAGGUGUCGAGCCCAUCGUUUCUUAAGAGUCCUCUACCUUACCACCCCCAGCUCCGGGCUCAGGCCUGGAGGUACUUCAGCUAUAUUUUCAUGCACACAGGGAUUGAACACCUCAGCCUGAACAUGGCCAUGCAGCUGCUGGUAGGAGUCCCCCUAGAAAUGGUGCACGGAGCCGCCAGGAUUGGACUCGUCUACGUGUGCGGAGUUCUGGCAGGGUCUCUGGCAGUGUCCGUCACCGACAUGACAGCUCCCGUGGUCGGCUCAUCUGGCGGCGUGUACGCCCUGGUCUCUGCACACCUGGCCAAUGUCGUCAUGAAUUGGUCUGGUAUGAAGUGUCAAUUUAAAUUAUUCCGGAUGGCCAUGGCUCUGGUGUGCAUGAGUGUAGAAUUUGGCCGUGCCGUGUGGCUACGCUUCUAUCCCCCGGCCUUCCCUCCUUGCCCUAACCCCAGCUUCGUAGCUCACCUGGGCGGGGUGAUGGUGGGUCUCACGCUCGGCGUGGUGGUUCUUCAGAACUACGAGCAGCGACUCCAGGAGCAGUCUUUGUUUUGGAUCUUCUUCUGCGUCUACACGCUGUUUGUGCUGUGUGCUGUCUUUUGGAACAUUUUUGCGUACAGCUUGCUCGACGUGCGAUUGCCCCCAUCGCCGUGACAUGCUUAUUUUGCAGCAGCUAAAAAGACACUUCAUCCCUCCUUCAUCCAUCGAUACCUCAUAUGCUGAAACGCAUUGUGGGAUCAGCCACAAUGGAUCAGAUAGAUCUGAUGCAAGGAUGCUAUUGGGUAAAUGUCUCCAUUUCUAGAAGAAGCCUUCCAAACCUUUUAAAGGAGAACUGCACUUUUAUUGGAAUGUUUCCUAUUAUUCCCAAUCCUAAUGUGAGACAAGCACACAUGUUUUUUUUUAAUGCAUUCUAACAAGGAAAUCAAUUUAUGUCAUAGGUGCAGCAUUGCCUGCAUAAUCAGCUAACAAUGGAGCGCUACUCUACUCUACUCUACACCUAUAAAGUGCUGUAAAAAACAUUAAAAUACAUCCAUCAAUGUUUUAUAUACUGUACUUGCUGUACAUAUAUGGGUAAUGUAGUAACAGACAAAUUCAUAAUGCCAUGUAAUAUUUACAUAUUUUGGUCAUUUUAGGCAUAUGGUGGCGUAAUAAUUUCACAGACGCAUCACAAUGUUUGCUAUUUCCUUUAACAACGACUAAUAAUCAUGGCAGACGUCAUGAAAGACAAAACAAUUGCUUUGGGACAAAGGAUGAUCAAGAACCUUAUAUUUCUGAACCUGAAUAAAUGGAGGAUGAGCUACAAGUUUUAGAAGGUGAGGGAUAAGCAGAUCAGCGAGUGCUAAAUGUUAUGUAUAAAAUUAAUCAUAAUCCUACCAUUGGUAAAAAAAAAAAGCAAACAUCUUUGUGUCUUUUUCGCCAUAUCCAGGUCUAAAUUGAAUGUGAAAGUUGACCAACUUCUGGAUUUGUGGCUUCAAUGUUCUAUUUUACAAGUGAGUGGCAUAAUGUAUUAUCUAGAAAACUUUCACCAACUCAGAGGCGGUGCAGCAGCUCACCUGCUCAUUAUGUCGAUAGUUAUAUAAGCUAGUUACCUCUCUGUAAUCACAGCUCCCCUAAAAGUAGUUUUUUGGCGUUAACGCUUAUACGUGGUAAUUGGGUUAUACUAAGCGCUUUGACAGUUUUUCCACAUUCACCCAUUCACACACUGAUGGCGGGAGCUGACUUGCAAGGCCCUAACCACAACCCAUCCGGAGCAAGAGUAAAGUUGAGUUGAGUUGAGUUGAGUUUGAGUUUAUUUCGAACAUGCAGCAUACAAAGUGUCUUGCUUGAGGACACAACGGACGUGACGAGGUCGGUAGAAGGUGGGGAUCGACCCAGAAACCCACACGGUUGCUGGCACGGCCCCAAUCUCAAAGGCGUUAUAAUAACAAUAUAAUUAAUACUUGGUUAAUAUUUAGGUUUGGAAAUGUAAAUGGAUUAUCUUUUGCAAUUUUUAUUAGUUCUUUUAGAGGGCUUUAUGGGCGGAGCAGAUUACUGUACUCCCAGUAGAUCAUGGGUGUCAAACUUUGGCCCGCGGGCCAAAUUUGGCCCGCCGUUUAAUUUCUUUUGACCCUUGAGGCAAUAUCAAAUUAACAAUAGAGCUGGCCCGCCGGUAACACCACAUUCACCGCUAAUACUCAUACUUGCCAACCUUCCCGAUUUUCCCGGUAGACACCCGAAGUUUAGUGCUCUUCCCGAAAAUCUCCCUGGGCAACCAUUCUCCCGAUUUCCACCCGGACAACAAUAUUGGGACCGUGCCUUAAAGGCACUGCCUUUAGCGUCCUCUACAACAUGUCGUCACUUCCUCUUUCCCUCCAUAUAAACAGCGUGUUGGCCAAGUCACAUAAUAUAUGCGGCUUUCACACACACAUAUGCGAAUGCCACGCAUACUUGGUCAACAGCCAUAUAGGUCACACUGAGGGUGGGCGUGUAAACAACUUUAAAAUUGUUACACAUAUGCGCCACACUGUGAACCCACAUCAAACAACAAUGACAAAACACAUUUCAGGAGAACACCCGCACCGUAACAGAACAUAAACACAACAGAACAAAUACCCAGUACCCCUUUCAGCACUAACUCUUCCGGAACGCUACAAUAUACACCCCCCGCUACCACCAAACCCCGCCCACCUCAUUUUGAUUUUAUUUUCAGAUUUAUUAGCUUGUGGAAAAAGUUAAUGUUGAUAUUGGCGUGGCGCGGUGGAAGAGUGGCCGUGCGCAACCCGAGGGUCCCUGGUUCGAUCCCCACAUAAUACCAACCGCAUCACGUCCGUUGUGUCCUGAGCAAGACACUUCACCCUUGCUCCUGAUGCGUGCUGGUUAGCGCCUUGCAUGGCAGCUCCCUCCAUCAGUGUGUGAAUGUGUUUGUAAAUGGGUAAAAGUAGAAGUAGUGUCAAAGCGCUUUGAGUACCUUGAAGGUACAAAAGCGCUAUACAAGUACAACCCAUUUAUCAUUUAUUUGUAUUUACUUAAGAAGGCUGCAAAUAGAAAAGGUUUUUAAUGUUUUUAAUUACAUUUUAUUUAAUAUACCACUGAUGUUUUUUCGUUUGUUUUUUGAAAGUUGAUUUUGCACUAUUACAUUAUAUAAGCUCUGCCUGUUCCAUGGGAGGAAGCCCGAGUACCUGGAGGGAACCCACGCAGUCACGGGGAGAACAUGCAAACUCUACACAGAAAGAUCCCGAGCCUGGGAUUGAACCCAGGAUUACUCAGGAGCUUCGUAUUGUGAGGCAGAUGCACUAACCCCUGGGCCACCGUGCUGCCCUAUUCAAGCCUUGCUUGUUCAAUAUUCAUUGCAAAACUUGUUUAGGUCCCUGUUAAAAGGUUCAGUUUGUUCAACCUUGGCCCGCGGCUUUGUUCAGUUUUAAAUUUUGGCCCACCCUGUAUUUGAGUUUGACACCCCUGCAUUAGAUGCAUUGUUAGCCAUCUUUUACUUGUGUGUAUUACAAAUUGGAAUGCUUAAAAAAAUGUGUUCUUGUCUUACAUUUGGAGUGUGAAUAAUAGGCAAAAUUCCCCCCCAAAAAGUGCAGUUCCCCUUUAAGCUCAUGAAGCCACACAUAGUCCUUAUCCUGGACAUCCACAUGAACAAAAAAAAAAACAUCGACCACAGAUACAGGAGGUCUGCAACAAUAAAAGGCCCGUAUAUAACGUCACUCUGCAAAAAUGUUAUAUAUUCUUUCUUGAUUUACACUUCAUCCCACUACAAAGUUUGGUAUAAAUCGGGUUUAGUAUUUUUGAGUAAUCUUACAGUAUAUACUGUUUUAACAUGAAUUACUGCUUUAACAAUGGUGGCUUUUCCACAGUUAUGUUCGCUUUGACCAAUUCCAAGAACAAGCUGUGCAGUGUACUGUUUGUUUCUUCAUGUUUAUAUUUUGUCAACUUUAUAGACCCCAUCGUCCUCCCUCUUUUCCUGAAUGUGUUUUGCUUCUGAUUGGUCAAAAUGACAGAACAUAGCGUCGUCUUUUGCUUUGGCAUGUUCUAAACCUGUGUUUUUAAACACUGUUGUAUGGUAUAGACAUACUGUAUUUGACCCUGGAAUACAAACAAAUAAUUUUAAUAUGUGUGGACUUUGCCUCGGAUGUGAGACAUUAUGUGCAUAUAAUGUCUGAAUCCUCCUACACGCAACCUAAAGGUGCCUACUCGUAAAGCUUUGUGACAACAUGUCGAGCAUCGUAGCCUCUUCUGCAUUAAGUGUUCUCAAGUGAAGCCCAGCUGAAACAUAGACAAUAUUCACUUGCGAGGCAGAUAUGGGUAACAAUUCAGUUUUGUCCUUGUUUAGUGUUACACAAACCUCAUACUUGUGUAUUUGACCUUUUUGUGUGUUCCUGCACCAACAUGUGUGUACAGAUAAAUGCACAAGUGCCAUUCAGACUUUUAAGCUUUCAAAAGUGAUGCCAAGGUGUUUUUAGAGAUUGUUGAAAUCAGCCAAGAAGUUAUUUAUUGAUGAGACGGUGAAAAAAAGUGCGCUGGGGGACACAGGCUACUUUGCAACUGGUAACUCAUAAGGCAAAGCGGGAAAGAAAUCAAUGUGCUCUCUCUCUCGCCCUGUGAAAGUUCUUAAUUGAGUAUAAUGAAGGUGACCACAAGCAGCCCCCAGCGGUAAACAGUACUGUAUUUUAACCUCACAUUACUCUGGUAACUGCUUUGCACAAACCUUAUUAUUGUGUAGUUAAACACAGCUUAAUAUGUUUGUCGUUGAUUGUUUCUACAAUGAGAUACUGAUAUGGUCUGUACGUUCUGUGGCCCGUAUGUAUUGUUAGCAAUAUCUUGUACGUAUUCUAUUUAUAAGUCCCUUAAAGAGAGUAUCUGGAUGUAUGUUAUCUGGGCCGUGACAUAAAAUUGAUGGUUAAAUUACUAAUAUUUUAACAACGUGGAUAUUUUGUAGAUUCAUGAUGUACAGUACAUACUGGAGAACAUUAAACAUUUUUUUAAAGAAA